UUUUUUGUGUGGCCCUUGGGGAAAAUGAAUUACCCACCUCUGUGGUAGCGCAUGUGUAAAAGCAAAAAGAUGCAUGAAUUCUGAUUUGACUGUUCACAUUCAUGUCGCAUGUCCAUAGAUCAGAUACAUACCUGAUUUGGCACGUUCACACAGCCAUGAAAACAUCAGAUUUGAGCCACAUUGAGCAAAAUUGAGGAAAUGCAGUGAUUCACAUCUGUGAUAACUGCAGACGAAUGCUUUAAUUGUUUUAUUAUGGGGUGUCCACGAAUAAUCAUACAUACAGUAAAUAUUGUACUUUCCCUUCCACCCACAGAACUCAGCGAUAUCCUUAUUUAACCCCAGUUUCACCGACUCUAACAUCAUGGUAACCUGUAUAACACACACAUUAGUAACAACAAUAACAGCAUUCCAGUGAAGAGGCGCGGGUGGGGGGGGCGUGGACUGGAGGUGUAAGGGCGAUAUGUCACCCAGUACCAGAGAAUUUCUCCAGCAGAGUUAUGGAAACAGCAGAAACCUGUCGGUGCAGGUUCUCAGCCUGAACCAAAAGAUAUGCACGGCUGAGAGAGGGGCAGAGAUUGACUGUGGCUCGGCGGCGCGAGAGGUGGUGUUUUCAGUCUUCAGACGCACUACAGACAGACCAACAUCACGUAUAUCACUACAGGACUGACUGUGGGAGUACAGUGAGCUACAGAUCUGCAGUUUUCUGAGGAGCACCUGAUGAUGCAGGGUCGUCUACGCUUACGCCCAUGGCUGGAAGAACAGAUCAAGUCAGGAAAAUACCCCGGAGUCGUGUGGCUGGAUGAAACGGCCAGGGUUUUCCAGAUUCCGUGGAAGCAUGCCGCUCGACACGGUUGGAAUAUAGACAAGGACGCCACUUUGUUCCGAAACUGGGCUAUCCAUACAGGGAGAUACAAACCUGGAAUAGACAAACCAGAUCCCAAGACAUGGAAAGCCAACUUCCGCUGUGCCCUCAAUUCACUGCCAGACGUCCAGGAGCUUCGAGACAAAAGCAUUAAGAAAGGCCACAACGCUUUCAGAGUCUAUAUUCUACUCCCCAGCAACAAAACUCCAAAGAGAAGAAAACUGUUCAGAAGUUUGGAUCCAGAAGCUGCCAGAGUGGGUUUACCUGCAUUACUGCCACACGCUAGUGCACCUCUAGAGCGCUUCACGGAAGCUUUCUGGAAGCACAGAGAGGACUGCGCUGGCGCCGUCCCCGAGAUCUUCUCCAAACACGGAUACUCCACGUUUCCAGUGGUGAAGGAGGAGCGGUCCAUGAACUACUGCUGUUCUCCAGCCUCCAUCAGCACGGCCAAUCAGGCAGAAACCCACGCUAACACGAUGGAGGAACAUGAGCAGACUGAAGCGGUGUUAAAGAUCGUAGACCAUCUACAGAACCUGGAACACUGGAGUCCCCUGUACGAGCACGAGCGAGGCUGGAGACCUCCCAAUACCUGGAUGGAAAGUCUUUAUGAAUCUGUGGACUGUUCAGGCUACCCCUUCCAGACAGACUAUCACAGUAUCACAAGCCAGCUUAUCUGAGGCCAUCCAUCAUCCAUCAUCCAUCCAGCCAAUUCAGCCGACCCCCGACUCAUCUUCACUGGGAGAUGUGGAGCUACUGUCACUACAGUAUCUCACAAGCAACACACAGUGCGAUCGGAUUAAGAGGUAACGACUAAUAAUGGACAUUUCUCCUGAUCAGGAUAAGAGGAUAAAUAUACAGGAAUAUAUUGAGGACUGGGGGAGGUGGAUGGAGGCUACUGAAGUGUACAGAACUGUAACUGUGUGAAGAGUGUAUUUUAUUACAAGCUGGGUGAUGCACAUCAAGCUCCUUAGGAUAGAUUUAGAACGUCCAGAUUAAAAACAAAACUAAAUAUUAAGUUUCAGAACUUUACAUCUUUACUUGUGAUGUAGAUGUAAAUUUAAUGCAAAUAUGGACAAAAACAGUUUUACUUUUUGUGUUAUCAGGGUUCUUGCGCAAUUUUAAAAGUCAAAUUUAUUUGCUUUUUAAGACCCCAAAAUGUAGUUAAUUUUUUUGGGAGAAAAUUAUUUUCAAUUUUGUUCCAUUGUAACGUAAUUAGCAUGAGCUCUUUUGUAUCUUCCUGGACAUAUGGAAAAAAGGGGAAAUGAUCAAUUAAAUUGUAGUGAUUAUGUUUAUAAUACUAAAAUUAUUUAUUAUAGCCUUAGUCAGUACUUAUUUAAACCUUCCAGGUAGCUAGCUCGCCGCUAACAUUAGCUAGCUCUCCUCUAACCUUAGUUCUCUCCUCAGUAACGUUAGCUAGCUCACCGCUAAUGUUAGCUAGCUCACCGCUUAUUAGUUCUCUCUUCUAAAACAUUAGCUAACUUGCCGCUAAAGCUAGUUUGUUAGCUAGCUUUUGGUCAUUUGUUGUAUUUAAAAACUCAAUGAAGGCAGUCUGAGACACAAAGCUUAGUCUGUGAGAAUAGAACAAGAUGGACUAUUAAUUUAAGAUUCUUUACUAUAAAAUGCUAAAACAGUGUUUGUUUUCUUUACAGUCUUUGUUACAACCUGAGAGGAGGUGAUUAUAUUUAGACAGCUAAAUAUGAAGUAGAAUUAUUGCAAACUAAUCUGGUACUCUAAAAACACAUUUAAUUUAAGCAAGUUUUACAUUUAACUAAGGUUUAACUGUAGGUAAGUAACUUACUGUACAAAAUAUGCCUCUGCCUACAGGAGCUUGAUGUGUAUAUACACCCAGAACUGUUUUUGUAAAUCCUUUUAUUGCUUUUAUAAUAAAUCUACUUUCUGUUGUUGUAAA